AUGGCUGCCAUCCUCAAGGUCUUCAUCUUGCUCCUGUUCAUCAUGCUUCACGUCGUGCAUGCACAAAUCAAGAACAAUGGCGGCAUGGCCGGCGGCUUCUACAACGUAACAGAGUAUGGAGCAGAGCCGACCAACGAGGAUAACAAAGAUUCUUUCAUGGCUGCAUGGCGCGCGGCAUGUGGGUCGGCUUCCGGCAACGCGACGCUGCUGAUCCCUGAGGGCAACUUCGCCGUCAGCGGCAUCGAGUUCUCCGGUCCGUGCAAGAACGGCGGCUCGCAUGUCGUGGUGGUGGUCGACGGCGUUCUGCGUCCGUGCACCGGCAGCUGCCACCGACGCUCGACGGGCGGUGGUGACGCCGCCAGCUGGAUCACGUUCAGCGGCGUCAGCAACCUCCUGGUCACCGGCGCCGGCACCCUCGACGGCUGUGGCGGCGAACAUCAGAUGAACAAUAACGCCAAGCCCAAGACGACGACGACUCUGGAGCUGGACGGGGUGGCGAACGCGACGGUGAGGGGGCUGACCGUGGGCAGCCUCGGGAGGGAGGAAGACGAGCGCGCCUCCGACAUCACGUUCCGCGACAUCGCCAUGGCCGACGUCUCCAACCCCAUCAUCAUCGACCAGCACUACUGCCCCCACGCCCGCUGCUCCCACAUCGACAAGCCGUCGCUGGUGCAGAUCAGCGACGUGACGUACGAGAGGAUCGCGGGGACGUCGAGCAGCAGGGUGGCGGUGCAGCUGCUGUGCAGCGAGGACCGCCCGUGCAGCGGGGUGCGCUUCGACCGCGUCAGCCUCAGCUGCGGCGAGCGGCAGUGCGACGCCAGGUUCAGCAACGUGGAGGGGAAGCCCGCCGCUGCCUUGGUGGCGUCGGCGGCGGAAGGCCCUGCCGGCGCCGGGGAGCAAGAAGCCGACGACGCGGAGCCCAACGACGCCGCACAAAUGCAAUGGAAGCCUUUGAUGAAAGCUGAGGAGCUGAAGGUUUUGGAAAGCUGGAUUGAAGGCCUUCAACUUAUUACAGAUGAGGCGCCUGCAGGUUCCCAGAUCAGGCUGUAG